AUGGCACUUAAUGCGAAACCGAGUGUUGGUUUGGAGUUUGAUAGCGUAGAUAUGACUUGGCAAUUUUGGGUUGAAUAUGGUAAGAAAUGUGGUUUUGGAGUUAGAAAUGAUUACUUGAACAAACGAAAGGUAGAUGGCUUGAUUACAUCCGAGAGAUUUGUUUGCUCCAAGGAGGGCAGUAGGUUGAAAGACAAAAGAUCCUCUUUGGUUAAAAAGCCUAGGGCUGAUACAAGAUCAGGGUGUCCAGUAAGAAUUUCAUUCCGUCUAAGAGAUGGGAAGUAUGUAAUACAAGAGUUUGAGGAAACCCACAACCAUAUUUUACAACACACAGAAACAACACACAUGCUAGCAUCAUAUCGUAAAAUAUCGGAAGCUCAAGCCUAUGAGAUCGAAAUGGCAGAGGACUCUGGACUAAUGCAAAAGUCUUCAUUUCAACUUAUGAGCACACAGGCAGGAGGUAGAGCUAAUCUCGGAUUUACACGAUUGGAUGUCAAAAACUAUCUUAAAGCAAGAAGACAACGUAGCAUGGUGUAUGGGGAAGUUGGUAGUCUUAUGCAGUAUUUUCAACACCAGAUGUUGGACAAUCCAUCAUUUUACCACGCAUAUCAAAUGGAUUGUGAUGAACAAAUCACAAACAUAUUUUGGGCUGAUGCAAGAAUGAUAUUGGAUUAUGGAUAUUUCGGCGAUGUAGUUUCUUUGGAUACAACAUAUUGCACCAACCGUGCUAAUCGACCACUUGCAUUAUUUUCAGGCUUUAACCAUUAUAGAGGCACAAUCCUUUUUGGGGCUGCACUACUAUAUGAUGAAACCGCUGACUCAUUCAAAUGGUUAUUUGAAACAUUUCUUGAAGCGCAUGGAAAUAAAAAGCCUCAAACCUUGUUCACUGACCAAGCCCAAGCAAUGGCUAAAGCACUAGGUGAGGUGAUGCCAGAGACUCGACAUGGGUUAUGUACAUGGCAUUUGAUGCAAAAUGGGAUCAAACACCUAGGUAGCUUGAUGAAAGGGGGAAGUGAUUUCCUAACUGACUUUAAGAAGUGCAUGUAUGAAUACGAUUCAGAGGUGAAGUUUGAAGCAGCUUGGAGCAAGUUGGUUGCAAAAUUUGAUCUAUUUGGUAACAAUUGGGUGAAAUCAAUGUAUGGUAUCAAGCAAAAAUGGGCAUCAUGUCACAUGAACAAAGCUAUCACUCUUGGAAUGCGAAGCACUCAACUUAUGUCAUUCAAUUCUUCCAACACUUUGAGAAAGUUGUUGAGGAGAAACGAUACAACGAGUUAG